AAAUAUCUUCUUCUUCUUUGUUCGCCCAAGCUCAGCUCAAGACAAUUUUUAUUUUAUUUUAUACCAAAUAACAAAAUAAUUACGUCUUCUUCCCAUUUUUGGUCACUUUUCUCUUUGCUUUUUUUUAAACAAAUGAAAGCCGCUUCAUUGCAGAAGCAAAACCAAUAACUACUACACAAAUUUUGAAUUUUCCAAUAAAGAGACAAUUAAAAAUUCAGUGAUCUAGGCCUUCCCUCCUUUUGUCUUUUUCUUUUUAAAUCCAAGUUAGUGAAACUUGGAUUUUUUUUUGGGGGAGUAUCCGUACAACUCUUAAAAGUACUUUUUUUCCUCUUGUUUGAUUGGUGUUGCGGUGGUGAUGGGGAAAGUGGCAGUAGGGGCCGCGGUGGUGUGCGCGGCGGCUGUGUGUGCAGCAGCGGCGCUGGUGGUGCGUCACAGGAUAAAGAGUUCGGGGAAGUGGGCCCGGGCGUUGUCUAUACUGACGGAGUUUGAGGAAAAGUGUGGGACCCCAAGUUCGAAGCUUAAACAGGUGGCUGAUGCCAUGACCGUUGAGAUGCACGCCGGGCUCGCAUCAGAGGGUGGCAGCAAGCUCAAGAUGAUCAUCAGCUAUGUAGAUAAUCUUCCCACUGGUGAUGAGAAAGGGCUGUUUUAUGCCCUUGACCUUGGUGGCACAAAUUUCCGUGUUCUGCGUGUACACUUAGGUGGUAAAGAAAGCCGUGUUGUUAAGCAGGAAUUUGAGGAAGUUUCAAUUCCUCCGCAUUUGAUGACGGGAUCUUCAGAUGAAUUAUUUGAUUACAUUGCUUCAGCUCUUGCAAAAUUUGUUGCCACGGAAAGUGACAGUCAACAUGUUUCACCUGGUAGACAAAGGGAGCUGGGGUUCACUUUCUCAUUUCCUGUUAGGCAAACAUCAAUAUCAUCAGGGACUCUUAUAAAAUGGACAAAGGGCUUCGCAGUAGAAGAUACAGUUGGACAAGAUGUUGUUGGAGAAUUGACCAAAGCAAUCGAAAGGGCUGGCCUUGACAUGCGUGUUGCAGCUUUGGUCAAUGAUACAGUCGGCACAUUGGCUGGUGGUAGAUACAACAACCCAGAUGUUGCUGCUGCCGUGAUAUUAGGUACUGGCACAAAUGCAGCUUAUGUAGAGCGUGCCCAUGCAAUCCCCAAAUGGCACGGUCUUCUACCUAAAUCGGGGGAGAUGGUUAUCAACAUGGAAUGGGGUAACUUUCGGUCUUCACACCUUCCACUAACAGAAUAUGACCAAGCACUUGAUGCUGGGAGUCUAAACCCUGGAGAACAGAUUUUCGAGAAAAUGAUAUCUGGUAUGUAUUUGGGAGAGAUUGUACGUAGAGUUUUGUGCAAGAUGGCUGAAGAAGCUGCCAUUUUUGGUGAUGCUGUCCCACCAAAGUUGAAAAUUCCUUUCAUACUUAGAACCCCUCACACAUCUGCAAUGCAUCAUGACACAUCUCCAGAUUUGAAAGUGGUCGUCACCAAACUUAAGGAUAUAUUGGAGAUAUCAAAUACCUCUUUGAAAUUGAGGAAGCUUAUUGUUGAGGUGUGUGACAUUGUUGCUACUCGUGGUGCUCGCCUAUCUGCUGCUGGAAUCGCAGGUAUCCUCAAGAAAUUAGGAAGAGACACAGUGAAAGAUGGCGAAAAGCAGAAGUCAGCGGUAGCUUUAGACGGCGGGUUGUAUGAGCACUACACUAAAUUCAGGAGCUGCAUGGAGAACACCCUCUGGGAAUUGCUAGGAGAAGAAGCCUCCGAGAACAUUGCUGUUGAGCACUCCAUGGAUGGGUCUGGCAUUGGGGCAGCCCUCCUGGCAGCCUCUCACUCCCAAUACAUUGAAGUUGAGGAACCCUGAAGAUGGUUGAAGUGUAGGUUUGUAAAUCGAAGUACAACUUAGAUGUAAAUAUGGAAUGGGUUGGAGGAGGAGGUCCUUUUCGUAAGGUGCUGGAUUUGGAUAGACCUUUUAUGGAAUGAAAAUCAAUCAACUACCAAUUCACAGCAUCAAGAUUGGAAGGUUGAUAGUGUAAUAAGUGUACAAGGCAACAACAUGACAUCUAGCUGUUUUGCUUGGAUCGGUCCCCUUCUAAAAUCGGCUUUUUCCCCAAUACUCAUUAUCGAUGGUUACCUCACCUUGGUCCCUCUUCUUCCUCCCCUUCUCUUUUUAACUCAUUAUCUCAAUUCCCCUUUUUUCUUUUUUAGGUUUAAUGUAAUUUUUAGUUCAUCGACUUGAUAAUUAGAUUUAUUUUGUUACUUAUAUUUUUUAUUUCACUUUGAUACUUGAACGUUCAUUAAGUAAAAUAACGUAAUACUAUUAUUACUUGAAAAUUAAAA